CUUAUGCUCCGCACCAACUCGUGCUGGUGCGCUCUCAUUACUUUAUUUCUCCCAUUUCCCUUUCAUUCACUUCUUAUCAAUUUACAAACUUUCUUUCUUCUUCUUAUUUUUCAUUCUCCCUCGCUCACAUGUACCCACAAAAUGACUUCACCUCUCCAUUUUACAACAAUUCUAUGUUUGUUUAUAUUCAUUUUUUCAUCAAGUAUAGUUCUUGGAUCAAACUGUACACAUUCAUGUGGAACAAAAUUCCUUCCAUUUCCUUUUGGUUUUUCUCCUGGCUGUCCAAUUCAGCUCAACUGCACAUCACAUGGAGAAAUUUUCGUUAAAAAAUUCCCAGUACAAUCAGUAACUUCAGAUACCAUUUUAAUCAAUCUUUUAGCAAAAUGCAAUCGUCCAUUUUCCGAUAUUCAUACUUUUUAUAGUCCAAACUACGCACCAACUUCAAAAAACGGACUACUUUUCCAGGAAUGUAAUUCUUCAGAGUCGAGCUGUUUGAUUCCAUCUACGAUGAUUCAAACACAUUUCGAGCUUCUUGAUUGUGGUAAAGAGAACAUGAGCUGUUAUUCUGAGGCAAAUAAUGAGAACAGUUAUAUAAGUCUGACUAACUUGUCUACAAUAAAGUGUGGCUCUUUGUUUUCUGCUAUUUCUGUUGAGUCAACAGUGAAUAGCUCUGCGGUUUCGUUGGAUGUUCAGGCUGUUCAGUUAGGUUGGUGGGUUCAUGGAAGUUGCAAGUGUUCUUCCAAUGCAAAUUGUUCUAAGAUUUUGUCCCCCAUUGAUGGGAGAUUGGGUUAUCGAUGCCACUGCCAUCAAGGGUUUAUUGGAGACGGUUUCUUAGCUGGCUCAGGAUGCCGGAAAGAUGAGACAACAUGCAAUCCUUCAAAGUAUCUUUCAGGCAAAUGUGGAGGAACCACACGAGUUGGUGUUCUUGUCGGAGGUAUUGUAGCAGGUGCUUCGUUAAUGGUUAGUGUAGGUCUAAUAUGCUGCAUUAUUCGACGAAGAUUGAAUUUCCAAAACAGAACCAGAAGAAAUCGCGAGCUAUGUGAGACUACAGGGAUCACCAUCCCGAUUUACCAGUACAAAGAAAUGGAGAAGGCAACCGAUUUCUUCUCUGAGAAACGGAGACUAGGAAAUGGCGCGUAUGGAACAGUUUAUUCUGGUAAACUUCAGAAUGACAAUUGGGUAGCUAUCAAAAGAAUUAGGCAUAGAGAUACUGAUAGCAUUGAACAAUUCAUCAAUGAGAUCAAGCUCCUUUCCUCUGUCAAUCAUCUGAAUCUCGUUCGCCUCUUAGGCUGUUCUAUUGAAAAUGGUGAACAGAUUCUUGUUUAUGAGUUCAUGCCUAAUGGAACCUUAUCACAACAUUUACAAAGAGAAAAGGGGAACGGGCUUCCAUGGCACGUUCGCCUCACGAUUGCUGCAGAAACUGCACAAGCUAUAGCCUAUCUGCAUAAUGCAAUGCACCCUCCAAUAUAUCACAGAGAUGUCAAGUCUAGUAACAUACUUUUGGAUUACAAUUACAAGUCAAAAGUUGCAGAUUUCGGACUUUCAAGACUCGGUAUGGUUGAAUCGUCGCACAUUUCUACUGCACCACAAGGAACUCCGGGAUAUCUUGACCCUCAGUAUCAUCAGAACUUUCAUUUGUCUGAUAAGAGCGAUGUUUAUAGUUUUGGUGUGGUUCUUGCUGAGAUCAUAACGGGGCUAAAAGCAGUGGACUUUGCUCGAGCUCAAGAUGAAAUAAACUUGGCUGCAUUGGCAAUUGACAGAAUAGGAAAGGGUAACUUAGAUGAAAUUAUCGAUCCAUUUAUCGAGCUACAUAUGGAUGCAUGGACACUUUCAUCUGUUCACAAGGUAGCAGAGUUGGCAUUCAGGUGUUUAGCAUUUCAUCGCGAUAUGAGGCCAUCGAUGAUGGAAGUGGCGAUUGAAUUGGAACAACUUAGGCUAAGCAAAUGGGCGAAUUCGGAAGAUAACAUAACACCUACAUCAGAGGGAUCUUCAAUUUCAUCAAUUUCAGAUGUAAGUGAGAAACCACUGAAUCUUUCAAUUAAGAAGCAAGAAAUGGAUAUCAAAGCCAUAUUUUCGACCGAAAAAAUAAAGGAUUAUUCACCUGUUUCAGUACAAGAUCCAUGGAAUAGUGAGCAAAGCUCUCCAUCUUGUAGUAGUUUGCUUAAUCAUAUAGUCCAGUAAUUAUGUAAAGGAUUAAUUUCUUCUUUGUAAUUUACUUACAGGAAUAUGUAGCACGUUGAAAAAUGUAGUAUACUAGCAAAAUAUUACUAGAGAGUAUACUACAUAUGCCAAAUUUGGUCUGUACUUCUAAAGGUUCUUUGUAUUUAUUUAUUUUUGGGUUAAUACACUUUUCCCUAUCGUUUAUGAAUAA